UAUACGACUGUGGCAGCAACAGAACUCAUGCAACACUCAGCUGAGCGAUAACGCCACACGGGGAAAAACGGAGAUGACAGCCGACUGCCUGCCGGUCGAAUAAUCCGUGCUGUUGCAGUAAGGAUAGAAUACUCCGCCCAGACACAAAUCUUAAACCAAGGAGAUGCGUUCUACUUCAUCGCGAUACAACAAGACACGCGACAGUUUUUUUAAUUCCGUCGCGCAUAUCAGCUCUGUGUGUAUGCGUUCCCAGUGUUUGCUCGGAGUCUUAACGUGCGCUUAAGUGACAGUUGUAAUGAAAAAUUAAGUCAUUGCUGCCCAAACGAGGCGCGGCGCUAAAUUGGUGGUCAAACCACUUGAGCUGUCACGAGCGGUGUGGAGCGGCAGCGACUGCGUAGCUCUCCCCGGCCCUGACUGCCAGAACCUGCACUAUUUCUGCCGUUUUUAUCGCACUGCCGUCUCCCUGGAUACGCCUGAAUCAUGACUAACAGCCCGCUGCUCGCGCGGACCCUCUGCUGAAGCGACGGUUCAGGACCAUGGAUACUCGUUUGUUUGCUUUAGGCUUCCGAAGUUACGCCGUCAUAAAUGGAGGAAGAGAUUGACACACGUAAAAUCAACAGCAGUUUCCUUCGCGAUCACAACUAUGCAACUGAAGCUGACAUCAUCUCCACCGUCGAGUUCAACUCCACCGGAGAGCUCUUGGCCACCGGGGACAAAGGAGGACGCGUGGUGGUGUUCCAGAGAGAGCAGGAGAGUAAAAACCAGCCUCAUCGGAGAGGAGAAUACAAUGUUUACAGCACCUUUCAAAGCCAUGAACCCGAGUUCGACUACCUGAAGAGCCUGGAGAUCGAGGAGAAGAUCAACAAGAUCCGCUGGCUGCCGCAGCAGAACGCCGCCUACUUCCUGCUCUCCACCAAUGAUAAAACCGUGAAGCUGUGGAAGAUCAGCGAGAGGGAUAAGAGACCGGAGGGCUACAACCUGAAGGACGAAGAUGGGCGGAUCCGCGACCCCGCCACCAUCACCUCUCUGCGGGUUCCGGUUGUGCGGCCGAUGGACCUCAUGGUGGAGGCCACGCCCCGCCGGGUCUUCUCCAACGCCCACACCUACCACAUCAACUCCAUCUCGGUCAACAGCGACUACGAGACGUACAUGUCCACCGACGACCUGAGGAUCAACCUGUGGAACCUGGAGAUCACCAACCGCAGCUUCAACAUCGUGGACAUAAAGCCGGCCAACAUGGAGGAGCUGACGGAGGUGAUCACGGCGGCGGAGUUCCACCCGAACCACUGCAACACCUUCGUCUACAGCAGCAGCAAGGGCUCCAUCCGGCUGUGCGACAUGCGGGCCUCCGCGCUCUGCGACAACCACUCCAAGUUCUUCGAGGAGCCGGAGGACCCGAGCAACCGCUCCUUUUUCUCCGAGAUCAUCUCCUCCAUCUCGGACGUGAAGUUCAGCCACAGCGGCCGCUACCUGAUGACGCGGGACUACCUCACGGUCAAGGUGUGGGACCUCAACAUGGAGAGCAAGCCCCUGGAGACCUACCAGGUGCACGACUACCUGAGGAGCAAGCUGUGCUCGCUGUACGAGAACGACUGCAUCUUCGACAAGUUCGAGUGCGUGUGGAACGGAGCAGACAGCGUGAUCAUGACCGGCUCCUACAACAACUUCUUCCGGAUGUUCGACCGCAACACGAAGCGGGACGUGACGCUGGAGGCGUCGCGGGAGAACAGCAAGCCGCGCGCGGUGCUGAAGCCGCGCAAGGUGUGCGUGGGCGGGAGGCGGCGCAAGGACGAGAUCAGCGUGGACAGCCUGGACUUCAGCAAGAAGAUCCUGCACACCGCCUGGCACCCCUUCGAGAACAUCAUCGCCGUCGCCGCCACCAACAACCUCUACAUUUUCCAGGACAAGGUCAACUAAAGUGCCACGCCCGCGCGCACCUGAGACCGUCGCGGUCGCCGUGUCUAACAGACGUUUCGGCUUUCCUUCACCGUGAAAGGCCCCCCCCCCCCCCGUGAAACACCCCCCCCCUUUGACGUCACUUGCUGUAGAUCUGCUGUAUUAAGCACAGCAAUGUCGGGAGAGGAACUUCUCUGUGGUUGGGAAGUUCCCGGAGGAGAGGCGGGAAUUCUGGGAAAGGAGAAGUGAGCGUUACGGAACUGACGGAACGGGGACUUUGCCGGCGUGACCUCGGGGUGAUGCGUGACCACGCUGCCGGGCUGAAGGUGUUCUGCACAAACCCCCCCUCCCCCCUCACCCCUCCCCCCUCGCUCCCUGAAGAGGGUGCUUAUUUAUUUUAUUUAUUCACAUCAAACACAAAGGUGCCCUCCUUCCGGGGUUAUGCACUAACUGACUGAGGGAGGGGGGUCGUAUUUCUGGAAAUGUAGCAGCACUCAGUUCCAAAUCUUCUUAAAGCACUCAAAAAAUGAAUGAAAUAAAAAAACAGAAAUGAAGUAAUAAUUACAUGUGAUGCUCAGAGAGAGAAAACAACAACGAAACAAACAAAAAACUCGCAACUGCUGUUUAAACCUAAGAAUUGCACCCUGAUCCCAUCCUCUCCAUCCUUCUUAGUGCCACCUUACUGGCUUCCAUAUGGAGCUGUCGGGCGACCUCACUUCCUGUCACAUGGAAACCCUGGCCAAUGACAGAGUUCCUCCUUAGAAGUGACCCUGGUGUACAACAUGGCUGAAUUCCUACAAUAAUGAGAAAUGGGAUGCAAAGACUUCCUGUGAUUCUCCUUUUGUUUUUUGUUUUUUAAGUGAAUCCGAGGUGUGACAGUAAAAGGGACGCUGGAGAAGACUUCUGACUUCCUCUGGCCAGAGGUCCUUUUUUUAAGAUUCAACUUUCUUUUGGUCGUUUUAUUUUCCUCUUUCAAUAUUUAAACGAAGAAGCUGUGGUGCCUUGUUUUUGGUAUUUGGAAAAUGUGAAGGUUUCCAAAAGCUUCGAUAACUUUGCCCUGCUGUGGAUCUCACCGGACUUCAGGCCACAGACAGUAACACUGUGUGUGGAGCUGUCUGACUGAGGGGGGGGAAGAUG